AUGUUGGAGUACCACCUCCCACGCCGGGGCCGCCCACCCUCCACAUCUCUCGGCUCGGCGCUUCAUCUUUCUGCUUCUGCUCUCAGACAUCGUGUUGCUCGGCAGACCGCCAGAACGACCUCAAAGGACCAAUCGCCAGGCACAUUUUUCGUCUACAAAACAAUGAACGAUAUUUGGAACGACCAGCCUAGAAUUCAAGGCCACCUCGACUUGAGCAAUUAUGUCAAGCCGGGAGUUGGCCGCAAGACCCAUCGUGAAGUAGUGCGUUCUGUAGAGCUCGAGUUCAAGUUGCAAGACGAGUAUAACAGACGCUAUGCCGGCUACAGAUUUCCCAAAACAAAGAAACGGCAGCACGAUGACGACGAUGAGUUUGAGAGAACCCGCAGCUUUCCUGCCAUUGGUGGCGGCUGGAAGCCAAACCUGAUCCAUGCUACUUACUCAGAUAGCAAGCCGCCAUACUACAAGUUCUUUGGCUACAUCGACAACGUCCCCAAAGAAUCUUGUUUCGGGCGCAUCAACUUUAGACUCAGAAAGGCCUGGAACAGAGGCCCCAACCGGAAAAAGCCCAGGAGGGCUAGCGACGAAGACUCCACCAGGGAGGAGACUAGUCCAGACGGCCUGAGUCGAAGCUCGCAAGAGGACCCAGAUUAUAGGCCACCUCGGCAGUUCCAAGAGCAAUACCAGCACCAAGAAGGACUGUCACGUCUGCACCACCAGCAUCUCCAUCAUCAGCAUCACCAGUAUCCUCAGCUUUAUCAACCCCAACAACACUAUCUGCACUAUCAGCACCAGCAACACCAGCCAUUGGUCUUUGAGAGCACCGUUCACUUCAACCAGACCCAUCUCCAAGCCCAGCAGGCCAGCGCCCAGGCGAAGCUCCAACAGGCACGAAUCGAGGCCCAGGAUGUGCUCAUGUACCCUGAGGACCGGUACUCAGAGAGGCAAUACGGCCAUUAUAGUUAUUGA